CUUUUCUCUCCGUCUUUACUUUCGUACAACUCCUCUUUAACACCCUUAUUAUUAGCAGAAUUCCAGCAUGGCAACUGACAUAUCCGCGGACACACAAAAGUUCCUGCACAACGCCGCCUGUGAACAUCAUGGUGCUGCUCGACCACGUGCGCACCUUCGACGGCAUCGAUUCCUCCGUCGAGUUCUCCGGGAAGCACUUCAAAACCUCAAUUGACAACCUGGCCACAGCCAUCGACAAGGAGGUAACGCGCUUCCUGAUAGCACUGAAGCCGCCAGCCCUGGACAAGGAGAUCCGCGAAUUGUGCCCAAAGAUCAAUGCCGGCUUCUUCCAGCUGGUGCAGCUUUUGAACCAGAUUCCGAAAUCGGCUGGCCUCACAUACCUGAAGGGCGUGACCCUGGUUAAUACCUUUAUUUCCGACAAGGUGGCACUGGAUAAGACGGUGUUGGCGGAACUGGCGUACACGUCGACAUCAGGCAUUUUCUGGGAGCACUGCAAGCAACUGACGCAGAUUCCGGUGGACAACCGUGCAGCGGUGGUGGUGAAGUGGAAGUCGAGCGUGGGCGAUCUGGUGCGCGAUGCUGUGGAUGAGCUGAAGGAGUCAGUGCAAGAGGCACAGGAGGCGCAGGAGGCGCAGAAAGAUGACUCGGCAGAGAACGACGGGUAUUCGAGCGACGAGAGCCUGGGCGAUUUCGAUCCGGAUAUUCCCGCAGAGCGCCUGGCGGAUGCACGCAAGGCGCAGCAGCUGGUGACCAUGGCGCGCUUGGUGUGCGAUAAGAUUGCAUUAAGGUGUAUCCGUGACUGCGACGACGUGACCGACGAGAAGAAUGUGUGGCUGGACCGUCUGCUGGAGUUGGGGCAGCCUGUGCAGGGGUGCGUGGACGAUCUGGUCGCUGCGUUGUUUAUUGAGGACGAGACCUGGAGUCGCCAGAUGGCCGUGGAGACAGGGAAUUUGGUCAGGGCCUGGACCAUUACUUUUGUUGAUGACUCACAUCUGAAGUGGUUCGAGAUGGCACAGACACGCUUGAAUUCUAUCCUGAACGAGUCGCCUGUUGCCCGGUAGCUAGCCCGGAGUGAAAGUCGUUGGAAUAGAGGAUGUAGUGUAUGUUAAGUGCUGGCUCUGCUCCUCCAGUAGCUCACAAUCCUCUGUACGUGGACUUGAUUGUGCUACAGGAUGACCGCGCAAUUGUUGGUGCAAUGUGGAUAAAUGUACGCACUUAAGGUGGUUGUUCUUUAGUGGAGAAUUACAUUUCAUUUUAGAUAUCUAGAA